AUGGCUCGGAUGACUGCAGUGGCCAUGCUGCUGCCAAGGCUGGUGGUCGCCCUCCUUCUCGGCGCUGCAGUCGUUGCCAUCGCUGCCGUCAGCACCAUCAAGCCGCUUCGCAGGGAUGCCUGGCAGGCCAUCAUCGUAGAGGACCCAUUGCUGCCCGUGCUAUAUCUUAUCAUCGCCACUCUGCUAACGCUGCUGUGGGGGAUGGGCGUGACCCACACGCAAGUCAGAGCAUGGGUGCAUCAGCAGGGCUUGGCUGUGACGGCUGGGCUGAUGAAGCUGAAGAGUGCAACCAAGUGCCUCCUGCCACGUGGAUUUUUCUCUUUGCUGCACAGCCCCAUUGAGGCUGCUGAGCCUGUCAUGGCGAGAAUGGCCGGAACGCACGAGUUGAAAAAAGCAAUAGAGGUGGGAAUGAGGGUGCUUGGCGUGCAGCUGGAAGAGACAAGGAGGGAGUUGGAAGAUACAAGGAGGGUGUUGGACGAGAGCAAGAGGGAGCUUGCAGCAGUGAAGGGAGAGGUGGCUCAACAGAAUGAUGCUAUAAUGAAGUUGACGGUUGAUCUGCAAAUCAGCCAGAGUGAAGGCGACCAGAAGAAAGCAUGGAAGAGAAUCAACCACCGUACCAUGCUUCCCCCAUCCAAUCUCAAUGGUGUUGGGUUGAUCGUGGCAGCAAAGGGUCCAUCCCACCCCCCUUCCCUGUGCUUCCCGGCAGAGGAAGCAUUGGCAUCAGUGGCGAUGCACAUUGGCAAGACGGCGCCGAUGGAUUCACUCUUCUCACGCCUUUGCACUGCACGUGCUGUGCGUCGGCACCUGCAACAUCCAAUCCGUGGCGGCACUGUGGCAGAGAUGCAAGCAGCAGGAGCGGAAAAUGGAGGAGCAUAA